AAAUGUUGCGCUAUCGAAAACUCGCUCAGACGUCGAGUAUUGUUGACUGUUGAGUUACUUCCAGUAAGCUGAACAUCAUCCACGGCACAGAAGGAGAAAUAUUAUUCCAGUUUCAGUUUUAGUUAGAAUCAAGCAUCAAAAUAUAGAUUAUUAACUCACGAAAUGAUGUUACGAAGGUGUAAACAUCUGUCACGACAUUUUCGGACAAUAUCGAGAAGUUAUCAUGACGAAAUUUCCGUUAUCGGCAGUCCGCAAGAUCAUAAUUCACCAGUUUACCAGGAAAAUUACCAGGAGAUGAGGAAAAUCGUUGACCGUUUUCAAGCGACCGUAAAAAAAAUCCUCGACGGCGGUGGUCCCAAGGCUCAAGAGAGACACACGAGCAAGGGCAAGUUGCUACCACGAGCUCGUAUAGAUGCUCUGCUGGACGACGGAUCGCCGUUCCUCGAGUUCUCGCAACUCGCGGGUUUCAACAUGUACGGAAAGGAGGACGUUCCGGCUGGUGGCAUAAUCACAGGACUUGGCAGAGUCGAGGGGAACACCUGUCUCGUGGUCGCAAACGACGCGACCGUCAAGGGUGGUACUUAUUAUCCGAUUACGGUGAAAAAGCACUUGCGAGCCCAAGAAGUAGCGAGGGAAAAUCGUCUCCCCUGCAUCUACUUGGUUGACAGCGGUGGCGCGAACUUGCCACGACAAGCCGAUGUUUUUCCGGACAAGGAACAUUUUGGAAGAAUAUUUUUCAAUCAGGCAAACAUGAGCGCAGAAGGAAUUGCACAGAUAGCAGUGGUGAUGGGAAGCUGCACAGCCGGAGGUGCUUACGUGCCAGCCAUGGCUGACGAGAAUAUAAUAGUCCGUAAUCAAGGGACCAUUUUUUUGGCUGGCCCGCCAUUGGUCAAGGCCUCGACCGGCGAGGUCGUCAGUGCCGAAGAUUUAGGCGGCGCUGUAGUUCACUGUCGAACGUCGGGAGUCACCGAUCAUUCUGCGGUGGAUGAUGAGCACGCUCUCCACUUGGCACGACGCAUCGUGAAAAAUCUGAAUGCGAAAAAACCCUUGGAUGUGGUUGUUGAUGAAAAAUACCAAGAGCCGGCGCAUCCUGCAGACGAAAUUUACGGAAUAGUCGGUGCCGAUCUCAAAAGACCGUUCGACGUCAAAGAAAUAAUAGCACGAGUCGUCGACGGAUCGAGAUUCAGUGAAUUCAAAGCGGAAUACGGGGAUACUCUGGUCACUGGAUUUGCCAGGAUCUACGGCUAUCCCGUCGGCAUUGUUGCCAACAAUGGCGUUCUCUUUUCCGAAAGUGCGCUCAAAGGAGCUCAUUUUGUGCAAUUAUGCUCCCAACGAAAGAUUCCACUGCUUUUCCUCCAAAACAUCACAGGAUUCAUGGUCGGAAAAGAUGCGGAGGCUGGUGGAAUAGCAAAAAACGGUGCAAAAAUGGUGACAGCUGUAGCAUGCGCCAAAGUUCCAAAAAUCACUGUCAUCAUUGGAGGCUCUCACGGCGCUGGAAAUUAUGGAAUGUGCGGCCGAGCUUACUCACCGAGAUUCCUUUACUCAUGGCCGAACUCGAAGACGUCGGUAAUGGGUGGUGAACAAGCUGCGGGAGUAUUGGCCCAAGUCAUGCGAGAACAGAGAGCUCGCGAGGGAAAAGAGUGGACGCAAGAAGAAGAAGAAAAGCUGAAAAGUCCUUUGAUAAAACAGUUUGAGGAAGAGGGCAGUCCGUACUAUUCGAGCGCGCGGCUCUGGGACGAUGGAGUCAUAGAUCCUGUCGACACGAGGCAAGUCGUCGGUCUCAGCUUAGCUGCAUCCUUGAACGCGCCAAUUCCAGAAACUAAAUUUGGCGUCUUCAGAAUGUGAUUAGAGUCUGCAUCGUAAACAUUCCAUCGAAUCAGUCUUACUUCGCCUAUUCACAGUAGAAAAUUUCCAUUCGUCAAAGCAGUUUUCAUUCGUCGUGAUCUAAAGACAAUCUGACGAAUUUCGGUCAUGUUCGAAAGGUUACGAAAACUGCUAGUCGAUUUCAUCACGCUAAUAAGUCACCGAGACAAAUAUUCUACAGAUAAUUCUACAAUAUUUUGAAUUCAGUUGACUGAAUGAUUCCUUUUUAUACAAGCAAGUUGAUGAUGAAAGUUCGUAGCAACAUCCAAUAUCAGUUUUAAGAGCUUUUAAAUCUGAGUCAUGUGAAAAGCAAAAAUUAAAAAGAUAGCAAAGCGUAAAAGAAAAAAAGAACCUCGAGUAUCCAGAAAAAGUAAAAAAAACUUUUAUCGAAGGACUUUGAACGAUGUUGUUCCAUUAUCAUUGGAAAUAAUUUUUAUUCAAGAGUUAUCAGUGUAUUUUUUAUACUUUUUGAAGUUAUGACCGAAAAGAACAUUUUUAGCUGUGUUUAGAGCACUUAUAUUUCUAAAUAUAUUUUUAAAGUCGUUUUUACAGAGA